AUGAUUUUAUCGUUUCCGUUUAAUAUCAUAAGAUAUAAAAUAAAUCAUGCCAUUUUAAAAAAUGAAAAGAUAUUAGUAAAAUAUUUUCAAACGGAAAAGAAAAGAUUUGGAGAAUUACACCAACCUAGGACGAGACAUGAAAAGAAAUAUCAUCUUGAUAUUCUUGACGAAGUAUAUUUUGAUAUGACAGAAGCCAUAGAAGAAAAAAAUAAAUUAGAAAGAGAAGAAUAUAAUAACAUUGAUAAAAAUAUUUCAGAUAUCAUUUUAAAUUAUAAUAUUAGUAAAAAAAAUGAAAUUAUUAAAAGUUUAAUGAGAUAUAGUAUUGAAAUAAAAAAAAAAAAUAAAAAUAACAAUAAUAAUAAUAACAAAAGCAAAAACAAAAACGAAACAAUCAAUAUGAUAAAAAAGGAUAGCAAUAUAAAUAAUAAUCAUGUGUAUCAAAACCAAACCAUUUGUUUUAAUAAUAACAAAGAUAAUAACGAGGAUAAUAUAUUUCCAUUAAUUAAAAGCAAUAUUAAAGAUUAUAGUCAUCACUUCAAUACAUGCGAAAUAGGUAUCAUUUUGAAAUGCUUUCUUAAAAUAAAUAUUCAUGAUAUAGAAAUUAUUAAUACAUUAUUACAUCAAUAUUUUAAAAGAAAUAUGAAAUUUUCUAUAUAUGGUUCUUUAUAUGUUUUAAAUUUUUUUUCAAAAUGUCCAUCUCUAUUAUUACCAUAUAAUAUGAAUAAUUUAAAACUAUUAUGUUCAGAUAUAUUAAAAAAAAUACACCUUUUUGAAUUUAAAAACAUUUGUAUAAUAUGUAAUUAUGCCUCUUCCUUAUAUUUACCAACCAAUAAAAUGUUUAUUCAUAAUUUUAUUGAAAAUAUUUGUAAUUAUUUAUUAAAUGAAAAAAAAGAACAUUUCUCUUCUUCUGCAGAUUCUAUACAUUAUAUAUGUAAUGCAUGUGCAAGAGUUCAUUUUUUUAAUAAAGAAAUAUUCAAUUUCUUAAAAAUAGAAAUAGAAAAAAAUAUUUCCUCCUUUUCAUUAGAUCAAUUAGUAUCCUUAUGUAAUGCAUAUAGUAAAUUUAAAAAUGCAGAACAAUCUAAUUAUUUAUCAUUAUUCUUAUUAUUAGCAGAUCAUAUUAUAAACAAAUCGUAUCAAAUAACAACUAGACAUUUGAGUGUCCUUGCUAAUUCUUUUAAUAAUGCUUGUAUACUACAUGAAAAAUUAUUUUAUAUUAUCACAGAAGAAGGUCUUAAUCACAUCAAUUCUUUUCAACCUCAACAAUUGGUUAUGCUUAUACAUGCAUAUGUUAAUAUCGGAUUAAUAAAUAAUAAAUUACUAUGUCAUAUUUGGGAAAAAGCAUAUCAAUUUAUCAAUGAAUAUACUCUUCAAGAAUUGUCUAUGCUUAUACAAGCAUACACAAAAAGUUCUCAACAUAUGGACUCAUUUUUUAAUAAACUUUGUCAUACAAUAUAUAUUUUUAUAAUAACGAAAUAUCCAUUCCUACAAGAAAAAAGGAUUAACAAUAAUUAUGAGGAGAACGCUAAAGGGGAUAUAGAAAAUGAUUAUAUGGAAAAUAACUGUGUAGAUAAUAAAUAUAUAGAUAAUAAAUAUAUACAUAAUAAUUGUGUAGAUAAUAAAUAUAUACAUAAUAAUUGUGUAGAUAAUAAAUAUAUACAUAAUAAUUGUGUAGAUAAUAAAUAUAUACAUAAUAAUUGUGUAGAUAAUAAAUAUAUACAUAAUAAUUGUGUAGAUAAUAAAUAUAUACAUAAUAAUUGUGUAGAUAAUAAAUAUAUACAUAAUAAUUGUGUAGAUAAUAAAUAUAUACAUAAUAAUUGUGUAGAUAAUAAAUAUAUACAUAAUAAUUGUGUAGAUAAUAUCUAUAAUGCCCAUCACUACCAAUACAAUAAAUAUAUGAACUACCUACACAUUUUAAAACAACAUAAACAAUGCGAUCUUUCAUAUAACACAUUAGACGAUAAAAAUUCAAAACAAGCAGAACUUAUUUUUUAUGUAAUAUACAAUAAAAGGAAUCACAACGAUUUUUUAGAUAAAUCUAAGAAUAAUUUCAUUGAAAAAAAAAUAAAAGAUCAUAUUCAUUUGAAUCAUGAUGAAAAAAAUGAAGACACGACGGGAAAUAAAAAAAACAAUAAUACUAACGAUUCUUUAGAAUGUUCAUCAAAAUAUGAACAUAAUGACAUUAUAAAUAAGAAUACUAAUAUAUUAGUACAAAAUAAUACUAUGCCUAUUAGUAAUAAUUCCUAUGAUAAGAAUUAUUUUAUUACAAAUCACAAUUCAUGUCACGAUAUAGAUAGACUAGAAACAUGGCUCAAAAAAUAUUUCAGCCAACAUAUGAAUCCUACAUUAUUAUGCUCAAUAAUAUAUUCUCUUAUUAAAGGUAAUUGUUUAUUACAAUAUGAUUUAUUAAUAGUAUUAACCAAAUUGUCCAUAAUCUUUUUAGAGGAAUUUAAAUAUUCUGAGUUAGCAAAUAUUUGUGUAGCACUAUCCGAAGCAUAUAUACGUGCUUCAGAAGAAAACAAUAAACAAAAUGAUUUAAUUAGUAUAUAUCAAAAAGAAGAUUAUACACAUAUAUAUAAUGAAAAAUUAUAUAAUGGUCAUCAAAUAUUUUCAAAUAAAAAUAUUCGCACAUAUGAUAAAAAAUUAUAUUAUUCAUCAAAAGAAUAUUUAUUCAUAUGUAAAUUAUUUUUUGAUAAAGUCGAAAUUUAUUUAAAUAAACAAACACAAUUAUUUACUGACAUACAUACUAUUUAUAAAUUCAUAACUUCUUUCGGUUCCUUAAAAAUGAACAAAUAUGCCAACAUAUCGUUACAUUUGUUUAAUCUAUCCAUUUUUGAAAUAAAAAAGUUAUCCUAUCUUCCUCUUCAAAAAAUGGCUAACUCAUUCAUGCAAAUGAAUGUCUACAAUGAAGAUGUCUAUGCAUAUAUUAACAAAUUACAAAAAAUGAAGAAAAUAAAAAAAUAA